AUGGCUGACGAGCAUGAGCACACUUUCGAGACCACCGAUGCCGGUGCGUCCACCACCUUCCCCAUGCAGUGCUCUGCUCUGCGCAAGAACGGCCACGUCGUGAUCAAGGGCCGCCCCUGCAAGAUCAUCGACAUGUCUACCUCCAAGACUGGCAAGCACGGUCACGCCAAGGUCCACCUUGUCGCCACCGAUAUCUUCACCGGCAAGAAGCUUGAGGAUCUGUCUCCCUCUACCCACAACAUGGAUGUUCCCCACGUCCACCGCAAGGAGUACACCCUCCUUGACAUCACCGACGAUGACUUCCUCUCCCUGAUGAAGGAUGACGGUGACACCAAGGAUGAUGUCAAGCUUCCCGAAGGUGAAGUUGGUGCCCGUAUCGUCAAGAUGUUCCGCGAGGAGGACAAGGAAGUCAACGUCAUUGUCCAGACCGCCAUGGGUGAGGAGGCCGCCAUUGAGGCCAAGGAGGCUCCUAAGAGCGGCUAA